UUCAAGUUCAAGAAAGAAGCAUGGAGGAAGUUGGCCAAACUAUUGCUUGUAUUUGGUGGAAGCUUUGUCCAGUCCUAUUGUGGACCACAGUGACAUAGUCAGGACCAUGGAGAGAGACCAUUGCUGAGGAGAGCGAGUUCCUGGCCAAUCAGGACAUGACGAAAGCUGCUCAUAAAGAUGCAGAGUCUGAUGACACACUGGAUGAUGAACCUGAGGAUUUGUACCAACCUGGUGAGGAGGACUUUGACCCCAAUGAGGAUAACUUACUAGCGGAGCUCCACCUAGCAACCAGCGGUAGCAACACACCCGGAGUUUGUACUAACCUGAACGAGCUCCGGGAGAGUACACAGGUGGUGACAGAAGAGGAGAGAGAACAUGUGAUGAGUGGCAACUUUGAUCAGCUGUUGGCAGAACAAGAGAGAAUGGACAGAGAGAGAGAUAAUGAGCUAAGGAGAAGAGAAGAAGCACUGAGUGGAAGAAGAGGCCUACUAUGCUGCUAAGAGAGGGGCCUCACGUAAACUGGCCACUCAGACGCUAACAGACCUCAGCAGUAUGGAAAAGGAUAUGUCAUCAGAGACUAAAAACUCCCCUGACACCCAGCCCUUACAUGCAUCCCACCUCCAGUCUGGUGAGCAGCCUAUAAGCAGUGAGGGACAGUCUGAAGACAUGGGUCCAUGGACAGGGGCUACUGAGGAACCUUCAUCAAGAACAAGUUCCUGAGCCCCACCUCUUACUGUCUGACUCGGAAGAGGAGAUAGACUUUGGAUUCUGGGAGAAGGCGUCCACCCUACCCUCGGACAAGACCCCAACCAUGCAAGGAAGGACCUGAACUUGUUAUGAGACUGUCACAUAAUUAGUAUAAUUAUUGUCGGUUUCUUGUCUAUUCGGGAAAUUUAAUUAUGUACCAACUAAUGCCAUUGAUUGUUUUUGCGUAAUCUUUAAUAGC